AUGAAAAUCCUUUCAUCAGUAAGUUUCCUUUUCAUUUUGCAAGACUCCGCGCAGAUAAUUCGAACCUUUGAUCUGGUUUUUAUCCAGGAGAUACGCGACAAUAGUGAGCAAGCUUUUCAGCGUUUGCUGAUGUCCGUUAAUAAGUGCGACUGUCCCAAAUGCAUCGAGCGAAAUUUCACAUACGUUGGGCAGACAUCUCCACGUUUCGGUAGGACAAGAUCGAAAGAACAGUAUGGAGUCGUAUACAAGUAGGUAUUUUUUUCUGAAUUCGAAGUUUUUAGAGUGACCAUAUGCAUUUUGAACAUAAUUCAAUCUCAUUGAAAAAAUAAAUGUCUGUUGAAAGAUAAAUAAUGACAGCUGCAAAAACUCUUCAAAUUAUUUUUCGCCCACAGCCCUAAGAAAGUGAAACUAAUGGGCAAAUCCGAAGUCACCGUUACCGAGGGAGAUUUCGAACGUCCUCCCUAUUGCUAUUCGUUCAAACUCGUCGAAGGAGGUAUGCUAUCAUUAGAUACUCUACUCCAACCGAGUCGUUGGUUGCGUAGUUUUCUGAACACCUUGUGCCAUCUUUUAGAACCUUUAUCGUUUGCUGUCCUUGUUACUCACAUUGAUCCCGAUGCCGUAUCCGUUGAAAUGGAUAACCUUUACUCCACAGUAGAACAGUGCACAGGUGCUUCCGAAACUGAGGUGCGUUUAUGAAUUUUUAUGCGUUCUAUUUUAUUCGAGACUUUGUGGACAUCUUUCAUAAAACCAACUUACCAUAGUUCUUUAAAAAAAUUAUUUUGUCUUCAAAAAUUCAGUCUCGUUUCCUUGACUGUAUAUUAAAAAGAUAGCAAUAGUGGAACAAGCCAUAUGUAAUUUCUGAAAAUAUGUACGCCUUAGGGUUUUUGAAGGUACAUUUCAACGUUAAUGUUUUGUAACUCAGUAACAUUAUUUAAGCUGAAAACUGGUUCUAUUAUCGGAAAGUUAACGUCACUGAAAAGUGUAGGACAUUAUGUGAAACACCUCAGUUUAUACCUUGACAGGCAAAUCCAUCAAGCACAUAUCGAGAAAAGAUUAAAUGAACACUUUUUAAAUUCCGUUUGGCUCUGUUUUGGUAACGAAAAAGGAUGCAGUGAUCUGUAAAACUAAAAUCGAAUGUCCGUCUAGAUAUCUCUCGCAUUCCAUGAAACCAAAAAACAGAUAACAGUAUUAUAGGAGACGUAACUCACAAAACCAGCCAUCAUGCGUCAAUCGAAAACAAAGUAUUUUUUGCAUAAAUCUGAGAUAAUGAUAAGACGCUUAGAAAUGAAAAUUUUUUAAAGGGAAACAAAAGUGUCCAAAGCCCCAAAAUGCUCAUAAAACUAAUAAACUCAAUUGAUUGAAGUACGUAAGCCUGUUAAUUCACAUAAGGAAUUAAGUCAAAGAGCUUUAGCAAAAGAGUUUUCAAAAAAUCCUUUUUGCCUUUAUUGAACGUAAAGAACCUGUAUACGGAAUGCACAUGAGUGCGUAUGCGUGCAGGUUCCAAGAAUACUCGACAACAAUCCAGUGAAGCUUUUUUCUUUCACACUUUAAAAAGGGACGAUAAGGACAGAAACGACAUUACUUGAUUUAAAGACAUUAACGUAAAGAAACUGAGGUUGUUAUUAGGCCACCUGUUGAAAGUCGUGUCACUGAUUACAAAUUGGAACGAAAUUAGCAGACGCAACUGCAAGCGUGUUUUUUCAAUCUGUCAUUAGGUAUGUUUUUAGGGAAAUUUACUAUGCUGUUUUUGGGAACUGUGCACUACGCUGAGUUAAUGUGUUCCUGGAAUAUACUGGAUAUUUUGAACAUGUCAUUGUUUAAUCGACCGCCCUGAAAUUAGAUUCUGAGGCCUGCGUCUAUCGCGGCCAUCAAAAUGUAAUAGUUUCUGAAAGUAAUUAAAAGUCUUGAGUUCUUUGGCGUUUUAUUUUAUCCGCGCAAAAUGUAUCCGCUAGCAAUGGACAGUCUUGGUCGUCAAGUUUCCUUCUUGAAAUAAGUUUUAUAAUUUAUUUUAUUGUUAACUAUCUACGAAAUGGUCCUUUAAAAGUUGACGUCAGAGAAAAAGUAAAGCAUUUGGCCUGCUUCUUCACAUCUUUGAAAAUUGCCAAUACUGUGCCCACUUCAGACGAAAAUACUUUCCUUUCUUCUUAUGCUGCAGACAGCUGCCUUGCUUUGGUUUACUUUAAGGCUUUUUCUAGAAUUUCAAAUACCGAAUACAGUCACCCAAUAAAUGUAAGCCUGUUGCCCAAACCGUUAAUGCUCCACGCGUCCCUUGCCAGUUUACACAUGGUUGCUUGCCUAACCGUGCAAAAAGUAUCUUACCAUGUGGACAAAAUUUAACAAGGUUUUCCGAAGAUGUUCGUUAAGGGACACAUAAAUAUUUGUAAAUUAAAACAAACAAGCGCAGUCUUUGCCGAAGAGAUGACGAAAUACCAUUGAUGCGCAUAGGCGCUAGCCUUGACCAACCACAGAGUCACUUGUUUAACAUGGUUAAACAGUUGACUGCUUUUUGUCUGGCAACAAGCUGAGGAACCGGUUUCAAAAAAUUUCCUAAUAUGAGUUAUUUUGUUCCCAAAAAUCUUUUCUAUUCCCAAUUAAAAAAAUGACAGCCUGUAAAAUGUAUUAACGUAAAAAAGUCGUAUACCUUAAUUUUAGUCAUCGCUGUCUAUUAUUCUUGCGUUUGAAAGCAAACCUAUGGCAAGUGUUAAGAAGGUCGUUUCUUUACUGCUGUAGAUGUUUGAGGAAUACGAUUGGACAGAUCUUACGUUAGAGAGAUUUCUUGUCAAGUUCGUUAAAUUUUAUCUUCUUACUGGAAACCCGAUUCUUCUUUUACCUCACGAAAUAAACAGGCACACAAUCUGGCGUACGGUCAUUAUAAGAAUGCUGUCUGAUAACAGACACGCUAGAUCUUACACUCUGGUUGGGACGUAAAUUAAAACAUCAAAAUUCAGUGGAAUCGAUGUACAGACCUCAUUUUGGAUUGGUUACUGAUGGAUUUGGCGGGCGACUACGAGUCGAAGAGAUGAGACUCCCAACUAACAUUUUGCAAAACGCAAAUGUACUUGCUCAGGCAGAGGUGGAAAGAGCAAGCCUCCUGAGUUUUUACGUGUUUAUGUUUGAUAGGAGGUUUUUAAAAAAAAUCCAAAGUUGCGAUUGUAGAAUAAAAACCACAGUCAUGACUUUGCAUGCCACACUAGGUAGACUGAUCAGUUGAUGGGUGACGGCCACUCGCCUAUGAGAAGUUGAAGUCUGCUUUCCGUCAGUUGGAAUGCUAACUAUUCUAUGACGUGAGUUAAGCAGACUACCUCAAUAUGAUCUUGAAAAUUUUUGACAAAUCCGGGGAUAUUUUGCGCACUUCAUUUUGCCCUUCUUAUUUUGCACUAGUAGAUUUAAAGAGCAAAAUGUUUGUUCUGCUGUUUCCAAUGCAACUAUUUUUAACAUACUUUUUACCGAACGGUUUUAACUGUAUAAUGGCGUACCCACAGCAGAGACGCUAAGAUGUAUUUUUUCCGAAUCGCCUGAUAUCGCGAAAUACGUUUGAACAGUGGAAAUUAACAUUUUCCUCAUGGAUGGCUGCAUGUCCUCUAAGUCUAUGUCCACUGCCUUGAAGUUCCUUCUUUUCGAAAAUAUUAGAUCGCACUGUAAUAAAUAGCCGGAGUGUGUAUUUUCCGAGGAUUUCUAAUAAACUCGGAGCCAGCUGUUCCAAUGGGCAGUAUGUCAUCCUGUAGUUGACAAUCUUUAUCAUGCGACUUAACGCCCCUAGUUCAUAGCGAGAAAGAAGGCCUAGAAGAAGACAUUAAACAUUGUCAUUUUACCGUGUAAUAAUCAUUUGGCGGGGUUAGAUUUUUGCCUCAGCUAGACGCUUUCGCCCGGAUGUACGCAAAAUCACUCACUCCUCCGGAGCACUCUCUGGUACUUGGAUUUUUAUCGAUCUUCGGAGAAUAUUGGACAGUGAUUGGUUUUCUUGCAUUUUAUCGCAUUCAAAAGACAGCAAAAGGCUUUAAGAGUGUAAGGACAAAGAUCAAAGUCAAGCGCAGUGAAAAAUGUCAACAGUGUGACGACCUUUCGGCGUUCGGGGUGGGAAUCGAUAUUCAAUUUUAAAAUUUGUUGACUCAGUUGUGGGGUUCACUUGAAGAUCUAGGCUGAUAAAAGUGAUGAAAUACACCAUCCAGACACAUCGAAGUUUGGUGCUUUGGUGCAGUCUACAGUCUGUGUCACUGAGAUCGGCGAGAUAUUUUGUUUCCAUGAUGGCCUAUAUAUCAAAAGAGGGUAGAAAAUCUGUUUGAAAGUAACAAAUGUCCAGAGUCCAUCGGAAGGAGUUAAUUAAGAUAAUUCCUGCGGACGUAUCCCAAAAAUCGAAUAGUUCUGAGGCCAAUUUUGUACGUUGAAAUACAAAGCGCACGCAAAUAUAGGAGCACCAGAGUGACAAGUUGAGAAGACAGAAUUGUUUUUUAAGUGUAUACCAACCGGCUGGUGUAUCGGAAAGGUGAGAAAACUCUCCUCUUUUCGAAUCUAUGUGACAGAUCGACCAAUAACAUGGGACAACAGACCUGGCUUGUAGACAGGCCAACCUGUUAUUUGAUUUGGCCUUGACACCUCGCCAUCUUGUCGAUAACUCUUAAGCUUCCACAGGUGCCCGAACCCAGUGGGAGUAUUGGACAAGUAUAAUAAUGCAAUAAAAAAGAGAUGGGGCUGUCUGUCAAACCACUGCUCGAAAACGACCUUCCCCCCAUAAAAUGCACCAGACUGCAUUUUCUACAUCCAAAACAAGCAUGUUACGCGGAUGCUGUUUGGGUCUAGAAGUCGCCGCCUGAUCAGUCAGGACUAAGACAUCGUUGCCUCCUACCCGCAUACACUAGCGUCAGUAUUUCCACGAUCGCAGCUGCCGUGUAGUAGGUGCCUGGAAACUAUUGGGACGAAUGUUUUACCGUAUCUAUAAAGCUAGUCUUCAGCUGAAUGCGAGCUUCUUCGAGGACAUAGUGGACGGAUAAAUGUGGUUCAAUAUGAACGCGAGGAGAAGAUGAGAUAAAGCAGGGACUGGAGAUACAUUUGCGAGUUCUGAAGUCGGUUACUCUGUUUAAAAGCUCUUGGGAGGUGAAAAUAAUGCCCCACACAUGUAUUACCUAUUUGUCGACAUAAAUCUCGAUCGGAUACGGAAAUAUGGACGUCCACUAUUACAGGUGGACUCGUGUAAAAUUCCAGGAGGUUUUCGCUCACAUGUCUUAAUUUUACCACCGACACUAUCAUGCAUACUAACCUGCUCAACUCCGAAGACGAAGAUGCGAUCAUGGGAAUAAGAAAUUUAUUGGCCUGACGUUUCGGAUUCUCACUCGAAUCCAUCACCAGAGACAUUUUCAGAUAAAGGUGAAAGUGGCACUAGGAGUGCAGUAUUUAUAGCACGUGGCUGCCGUGAGACCAUAUGCGCGCUGUAAUUAACAGCUCUCGCAAUCACGCUGGGGUCGUAACUGCUGCGGGCCUGAGAACCAAGAUUCCAGCAGCUCGCCGCGGCUCACGCGGUUGUCACCCCUUGCGAGGAUUCCAGCCUCUUGAAACUUGAAAAUAUGGCCGGGUCCCGUCGAGUGUUCCGCCACCUGGGAGCUAACGUCUCCCCGCCUCACUGCUGCUGCGUGCUCGGCAAUUCGCGUACGGAGUAAUCUACCAGUUUCUUCGACAUAGUUGCUUUGUCCGUAACUACACCAGAUCCAUAUUGUCCACAUUGCCGCGUCUAAUUUUAUUAGCCAAUGUCAUUCCAUGAAGACUUGUUUAUUGGCAGUGUACAUCGCUUUAUGUCUUUCUCCGUGUGCAGAAUAUAAUCGUUCUCGGGGAUAUGAACGCAGGCUGCAGAUACUUAUCGAAACGGAAAAGGCGAAAUCUGCAAUUCACCAAGGACUAUUCCUACAGGUGGUUGAUAAGUGACGACAUGGACACAACUGUCUCGCGUCGAGAUUGUGCCCUUGAUCGGUGAGCGUAGUAGAACUUUUUUGCGAUCUCAAGCAAAAAAAAUUAAAUUCGUAUUCACACUCAAACAUGAAAUGCUUAUUCAAGGUUGCCUUGAAUUUUAUUUAUCACAUGGUCCAGCUGCUUACAGAGUUCUGGUUUCCUCCUCCGUAUUGCAGUGGCCUCUGCAAAGCGCAAGAGACGCCCGGUCGUCGCCCGAAACAGGACCUUGAAUGCAACCAUUUGGUCCACCGUAUGGCCCCUGUCCAAUAGGUGCUUUGUGAUUGAGCUCCUGGGUACCUUAUUUUCCGCCUUAAGCAGCCACUUCGGCAUGUGUUCAGCUGACCGAGCUGCCAAUUGCCUUUGCGUGCGCCCGAUGUACUUGCAUCCGCAACUACAUGUAAACUCAUAAAUACAGUUUGAUGUGGCGUGCAUAGGCAAAAUGUCUUUAGCUGGUCUAACUGGGAUGGAGGUUGUGGUACUUAUGAACAACAAUUUAGAGGCGGCAUACGUCCUUUCGAUAGUGCACCUAAGUCGUCGCUUGAUCACGUUUGACACAUUAUCACCCUUGAAGGGGAGGUAGAUGGUCACGGACUUUUUAGGUACAGAUAUUUCUUCAGGAGUUUCUUGUCUGGGAUGCCGAUAUUUAUCGAUGAAUUUCUCCGGAUACCCGUUUGCAAGAAAAACGUUUUUUAGGAAAGUAAGCUCGCCAUCGAUCGUAUCUGAGGAGCAGAUUCUGGUGGCUCUAUUGAACAGGCACAAAACCAAGUUCCGUUUUCUCUGAAUUGGAACGAAACUGAGGAAGUGCAUGUAUUGUCCUUUCCAGGUGGGUUUUCGAUAGAUGGAUCUCUGAAUAGAGCCAUCUGCUCGCCUACGUACAAGAAUAUCCAGGAAAGGCAGUGUGUCAUUCUUCUCAUGCUCGAUCGUAAAUUUGAAUUUGAAUUUUAUUGACAAAACCUCAUAACACAUUUUUCUUACAUUUGCAGUUUCAUUGUGAGAGGAGAAACCCUGGUUAGUCGAAUCGUGCCGAAUUCGGCUAGGCCAAUGAAAUUUGACGAAGUUUUCAAUCUCAGCCCGAAAAUGGUAAGCGUAUGCUACUCUGGGUCCUUCCGGGUUAAAGUAAUAGGCCAGACAUACGGAAGAAGUCAGUUGUUGCUUUUUUAAAAAAACUGAACAUACAACUUCCCUUAUUUUGGCCAGUAACAUAUGUUCUACUUCGAUCGCCGCCUAAAUUUGUUUUGUAGGAUAAAAAUGUGUACUGUUUAGCUGGGCAUAUUUCUUAUAAUUGGUGAGAAUAUGCGCUUCAAAUGGGCAGUUUAAGAAUUUUUUUAUUCAUUUUAUCCAUUAAUUUUAGGCAAGGGCGGUCAGUGAUCACUAUCCCAUUCAGAUGGAGAUUCGCUGA